AUGGCCAGAAGUGCACAAAAAGAGCGUGAGAAGCAUCCAGGAUUUCAGUGGCUCUGUCUUCCUGCGGGAAAUUUAGACGACAGGUUAUGGGGACGAACUACAGCCCUGUUGCUGCAGUUGAUGUCAGGACCACAAUUGGUGCUUCCGUUUCUCUCCACUGCCCAUUCUAAAUUCCCCUCAUACUCAGCUUUAACCUCUGCUGACCUUGAUGACUUAUCUGCUGGUAUAAUCCAAGCUCUUAUUCCUGAGGGGUCUGAACCCAUGCCUGCUGUGAGCAAGCUCUAUGCUUCCAAUGCUCACGUGAACUCCGUGCUCAUAGGGAUGAAGAACCAGCUGGUGGUUUUGCGAGUGGCUGGUUCCCUGCAAAAGAGCAAAGAAGUGAUGAAGGCCAUGCAGAGCCUUGUAAAGAUCCCAGAAAUCCAGGCCACCAUGAGGGAGCUAUCCAAAGAGAUGAUGAAGGCUGGCAUCAUAGAAGAAAUGUUAGAAGAUACUUUUGAAAGCAUGGAUGAUCAGGAAGAAAUGGAAGAAGCAGCAGAAAUGGAAAUUGACAAAAUUCUGUUUGAAAUCACAACAGGUGCCUUGGGCAAAGCACCUAGUAAAGUGACUGAUGCCUUUCCGGAGCCCAGACCUUCAGGAGCAAUGGCUGCAUCAGAAGAUGAGGAGGAAGAAGAGGCCCUGGAGGCCAUGCAGUCCCAUCUUGCCACACUCUGCAGCUAG